GUCUAACCUCGCGAAGUAUUUUGGUGUGCCCUUACGUUUUUAUUGUUAUUAUUUUGUUUUCUGCCUCAAGAGACGUUAGGGUUUGUUUUUCUCUGCACGGCCGCCUUGGAAAUCAGAAUCUCUGAGUUUCUCUCUUCGCCACCCAAAAAAAUUUUAAAAAAAUUUGUUUAAAUUUGUUUUUUUUUUCUUAAAUAGUUGUUUUUAGGUUUUAAAUAUAGAGGUUUGAUUCAAGUUUCUGCAAAAGGGUUUUUCCGGGGGAGCGCGCCGCGCUGAUAUACAUUUUUGUGAAUUUGUGAGACUGAAUGAACUAAUGGAGUCUAAAGGUGGUAAUAAGAAGUCUAGUAGUAGUAGUAGUAAAUCCUUAUUCUACGAAGCUCCCCUCGGUUACAGCAUUGAAGACAUUCGACCACACGGUGGAAUCAAGAAGUUCCGAUCAGCUGCAUACUCCAACUGCGUCCGAAAGCCAUCCUGAGUUCUGCUAAGUUUCAACGUAACCCCUCGAGAUCUUUAAUACUGCAUUUGCUCUCUAAGUCUGUUUUUCUUUUACUUCCCUCGUUCUCUCGUUCUCUGGCUUGCUGUCUACUGCUGCGUUUUGUUCUUUUCCCUCCCUCGUCCUUUACUGUUGCGGCAUAUUCUUUAAGACUUUCGUUUAAUUCAAUAUGGCACUGCCAACCUCUGCAAUUGGAUUUGAAGGCUUCGAAAAGAGGCUUGAGGUAACCUUCUUCGAGCCAGGAAUCUUUGCUGACCCUGGAGGCAUGGGUCUUCGAUCUCUGUCCAAAGCUCAAUUGGAUGAGAUUCUAAAACCUGCUGAGUGUACCAUUGUUUCUUCACUGUCAAAUGAAUACGUUGAUUCUUAUGUCCUUUCAGAAUCUAGCCUCUUUGUGUACCCAUAUAAGGUUAUCAUUAAAACUUGUGGGACUACGAAGUUGCUUCUCUCAAUCCCUGCCAUCCUUAAGUUGGCUAAUACUCUUUCUCUUGCUGUGAAAUCGGUGAGAUAUACUCGUGGAAGCUUUAUAUUUUCUGGUGCACAGUCUUAUCCCCAUCGCAGCUUCUCUGAGGAAGUAGCUGUGCUUGAUAGCCAUUUUGGCAAGCUUGGUCUAGCAAGCAAAGCGUAUCUGAUGGGAAGCCCUGACAAAGCACAGAAAUGGCAUGUAUACUCUGCUUCUGCUGAAUGGGCAAACUUAGUUUGGGGAGCACAACAGUCUGGUCCAGUCUACACUCUAGAGAUGUGCAUGACCGGUUUGGAUAGCAAAAGGGCAUCUGUCUUUUACAAAUCGAAUUCAAUUUCUGCUGCUGUGAUGACUGAGGAUUCUGGUAUCAGGAAAAUUCUUCCACAAUCUGACAUAUGUGAUUUCGAUUUUGAGCCUUGUGGUUACUCCAUGAAUUCUAUCGAAGGGGAUGCCAUCUCUACUAUCCAUGUGACACCGGAAGAUGGUUUUAGCUAUGCAAGCUUUGAAACGGCAGGUUAUAAUUUUGAGGAUGUUAAUUUGAGCAAGGUGAUUGAGAGGGUUUUGACUUGCUUCCAGCCCUCUGAGUUCUCUGUGGCUUUGCAUUCUACUCUGGUUGGCGAAGAAAUUGGAUCCAAGUUCCCUCUGGACUUGAAGGGGUACUCUUGCGGAGAAAAGAGCUAUGAAGUGCUUGGAAUGGGUGGUACCCUCAUCUACUACAGCUUUAUCAAAGGUGGAGAUGCUGCAUCUCCCAGGUCGAUUCUGAAAUGCUGCUGGAGUGAGGACGAGAAGGACGAGGAAGUUGAAGAGAAAUAAGUGUUUCUUAUAUCUUAAUAAUACUAUUAAAUAAAAUACAUUGUUGUUAUUGUUGUUGUUGUCCUGUGGGGUUAUGUUUUUCAGUUUUAUCUGGUUAGAAUAAAGGAGUAGAAAUGCUUAAUGCUACUCCAUCAGUCUCCAUUAGUCUGUUUUUAGUAAUAGAAGGGUUCUAUCGCAGAUUUAGACGCCAUCCAUUAUUGCUUUUGAUUGGCAAAUGUUGAACCACUUAUAUGGAAUUGUCGUUUUUGUUUUGUUA